AUGCGUUUCCUGAUCGCCUUCUGCCUGAUCGGCGCCGCCUGUGCCCAGUACAACUACGGAGCGGGAUUCUCUGGAGCCGCCUCCGAUAAUGUGCCCAGCUACUCCGGUGGCAGCAGCGGUUUCGGUGGUGGCGACUCCUACGACGGAGCGGCCAGCAGCCCGGACUACUCGGUGUCCAGCGAGCUGAACAAGGAGUACUACACCUUCGAGGCCGACGAGAGCCAGUUCGACGAUCCCCUGGCCGCCCAGAAGAUCGCCGGCUCCGUGAACAAGGGUCUGCGCGUCGUCUUCAUCAAGGGACCCGAGAACCGUGGCCUGGAGAACGCCGCCCUGGCCCUGGCCAAGCAGGCUGCCGAGCAGAGGACCGCCAUCUAUGUCCUGAACAAGCAGACCGACAUCGGAGAUCUGGCCAACAAGUUCAACGCCGCCCGCCAGAACGCCAACCAGCGCCCGGAGGUGCACUUCGUCAAGUACAGGACGCCCGAGGAUGCGGCCAAUGCCCAGCGCGCCAUCCAGUCGCAGUACGACAACCUGGGAGGAUCCAGCCAGUCCUUCAACGGUGGUGUGGCCAACGCCAUCAACUUCGCCUCCCAGGGAGCUGCCCCCGUGCGCCGUGGCAACAACUACUCUCCUCCUGCCGCCGCCACCAGCAACUCCUACCUGCCCGCCAACAUCCUGCGUCGCCUGCGCAUCCGUUAAGGACCAAAAAUGAAGCUGACAGUUGUUAAAUGUGUUCUAGAAGUGUAAUUGAAUAAAAACGAAACCGAAAACCGAU